GAUGGCUGCAACCUUGGUUUUAUACCAGUGUCUCCGAGAUACUCCGUCGGACAGCAAUGCGUGAACACUGUUGAAGAACCGGCGAAGAUCUCAAACUGUUCAGAGCAUGUGAUGAUCCCAUGGUGUUUCGCUUUUCUUACAGCGGAGGUUGAUGGAGGCCUGACAACAGUACAUCGUGGUUGCCGUUCGCGGAAGACAAUGAUGCAUCACAUUUCCAAGGACCAGCAUACGAAGUUCAAAAUAACACAAAUUGGAUGGAUACCGAGCGUUUUGUUGGUUUGCCUUCAUGUAGUGAUAUUACAUGGGGCGUGGACUAUUCGAAUGGCACUCAAGCAAUGUGCCUUGAUUUUUUAUUCGAGGUAUGAAGACGAAGUGGAGAAGAAAGGAAGACUGUGCUGUUGCCGUGGAAAUCACAAGUGUAACGAGAGAUUCAUGUGGGGUGACGAUUCGAUUUCUGAAAAAGAGCUAGCUGAGAAGAUGAUCCGCAAACGAGCGACGGCGCUACUACUGGUGGUGCUUCCUCGCGUUUGGCCACUGUUGGUGUUUUGUUAG